AUGACAGAGGAAGAUCCUGCUGUGUUCACCUCUGCCACUUUGCCCUCUGACCCCCGUCUCCUUGCCACGGUGACCAACGCCUACCUGGGCACUCGUGUCUACAGGGACAUCUUGCAUGUAAACGGGGUGUAUAAUGGAGCAGUCGGGGACUGUCAUCGUGCUGAUGUUCCCAGCCCUAUUAAUGUCAAAAUGAGUGCGGCUGCUGAGGACAGCCUGAUCGAGACUUUCUCGUUGGACACCAGGACAGGGACCUAUAUCCACACAAUCCAGGCCUCGGGUUAUACAGCCACGCACAGGAUCUAUGCCCACCAAUCCCUUGUUCACCUUCUGGCCUUCAGCGUAACCAUCCAGAGGUCAACGCUUGAAGGCGAACCCAUUGCUGUGAAUCUGCAGACCCAAUUCACACCUGAGAGCCCAGACCUGGACUUGCACAGAGGGGCAGAUUUCCAGGGAGCUCAGUGAGUAUCAUCAUGAGAAGAUUGGGUCAGAUUUGUGUUUUGUGUUGUCCUUCU